GUUUAGGUUACACGAAAAUUCCUAUCGUCCUAACAAGCUACUCCUUUGUAAAUUUCUGUCUGGUCUUCACACGUCCAGAAAAUAAAGUAAAAUGCGCGAGUGUAUUUCCAUCCAUAUUGGUCAGGCUGGAGUCCAGAUUGGCAAUGCCUGCUGGGAGCUGUAUUGUCUGGAACACGGCAUCCAGCCGGAUGGUCUGAUGCCGAGUGAUAAGACCGCAGGAAGAGGAGACGACUCCUUCAAUACCUUCUUCAGUGAGACCGGUUCUGGAAAGCAUGUCCCCCGGGCUGUGUAUGUGGACCUGGAGCCCACUGUCAUUGAUGAGGUGCGCACUGGCACCUACCACCAGCUAUUCCACCCUGAGCAGCUGAUCAGUGGUAAGGAGGACGCUGCCAACAAUUACGCUCGUGGGCACUACACCAUCGGAAAGGAGAUCAUCGAUCCUGUUUUGGAUAGGGUUCGCAAACUGGCUGACCAGUGUAAUGGUCUUCAGGGCUUCCUGGUUUUCCACAGCUUCGGUGGAGGCACUGGUUCUGGUUUCACCUCCCUACUGAUGGAGCGCCUGUCUGUCGACUACGGCAAGAAAUCCAAGCUGGAGUUCUCUGUCUACCCGGCUCCGCAGGUGUCCACAGCCGUGGUGGAGCCUUACAACUCCAUCCUGACCACCCACACCACCCUGGAGCACUCGGACUGCGCCUUCAUGGUGGACAACGAGGCCAUCUAUGACAUCUGCUGUCGGAACCUGGACAUCGAGCGCCCCACCUACACCAACCUGAACAGACUGAUGAGUCAGAUCGUGUCCUCCAUCACGGCUUCUCUUCGAUUCGACGGCGCGCUCAACGUGGAUCUGACCGAGUUCCAGACCAACUUGGUGCCUUAUCCACGUAUCCACUUCCCUCUGGUCACCUAUGCCCCUGUCAUCUCUGCCGAGAAGGCUUACCAUGAGCAGCUGACCGUAGCUGAAAUCACCAACGCUUGCUUUGAGCCAGCCAAUCAGAUGGUGAAAUGUGACCCUCGCCACGGCAAGUACAUGGCCUGCUGCCUUUUGUACCGUGGAGAUGUGGUGCCCAAAGAUGUCAACGCUGCCAUUGCCAACAUCAAAACCAAGCGCACCAUCCAGUUUGUGGACUGGUGCCCCACUGGUUUCAAGGUGGGCAUCAACUACCAGCCUCCCACUGUGGUUCCUGGUGGAGACAUGGCCAAGGUCCAGAGGGCUGUGUGCAUGUUGAGCAACACCACGGCCAUUGCAGAGGCCUGGGCUCGGCUCGACCACAAGUUUGAUCUGAUGUACGCCAAGCGAGCCUUCGUUCAUUGGUAUGUGGGUGAGGGCAUGGAGGAGGGAGAGUUCUCCGAGGCCAGGGAGGACAUGGCUGCCCUGGAGAAGGAUUAUGAAGAGGUCGGUACCGAUUCUAUUGAAGGGGAGGGUGAGGAAGAAGGAGGAGAAUAUUGAAAUGGCCACCUUAAACAAGUUCUGUGAUUUUAAGUCUUUCUUAGUCUGUUCUGAUGUUUUUUCACUUCCUGUUUUACGCUAAAACAUGCAAGUGAAAGCUUUAGGAUUCAUGUCCGUUCUGUUUUUCCUCUUGUCCUUCAAGGACAUUGAGAUGUUUACUGCUCUUUAAAGAACACAAUCGAUUUUUUGGGGUGAUGUUUAAGAUUGUAAUAUACUUACCUCUGUUUGUUUUAACUUUGCAUUCCAUUUCUAAGAAGAAACCCAUUGUAUAUUUGUUGUUUUAUCAAUAUAUGUCUUUAAAAGAACAGGAAAAGACCGUAAGUCUUCAGUAGUCGUGUCAAUUUUGUGUCUUGCCUUAUAAAAUUAGAUUUAACGUGUGAAUGUGUAGAAAAACCAAUUUCUGUUCUGUAAAAUGUUUGAAUAGUUGUCCUUUGCCUGAAAACCAGGCCCUGCUUUAAUUCUCUGCAGAACAUGCAGUGUUUGUGUGAUGAAUUGGAAAUGUUUUGUAUAUUUUGUUCAACAAUAAAAACUAAAAAGUA